UGAGACGAUCGGAAAUGACGUACCGGUACAUUCUCAAUUGUUCUACCCCUCUAGGAUGAAUUGAGGUGUGGUCGUAACAAAUCGAGAGAGUUUAGGUCUGAAAUAGCGGAAAUAAGGGUUGAUUUUAGGCAGUAUUUGACAGCUAACUUCAAAUGGCUGCAAUUAGGAAGAAAUUGGUCAUUGUUGGUGAUGGUGCUUGUGGUAAAACUUGCCUUCUUAUAGUAUUCAGCAAGGACCAGUUCCCUGAAGUAUAUGUACCCACAGUGUUCGAAAAUUAUGUAGCAGAUAUAGAAGUAGACGGCAAACAGGUUGAAUUAGCGCUAUGGGAUACAGCCGGACAAGAAGAUUAUGAUCGCCUGCGACCACUCUCAUACCCUGACACGGAUGUCAUACUGAUGUGUUUCUCCAUAGACAGCCCCGACAGUUUAGAAAACAUCCCAGAGAAGUGGACACCAGAAGUGAAGCAUUUUUGUCCAAAUGUCCCUAUUAUCCUUGUUGGAAACAAAAAGGACUUGAGAAAUGACCCCAAUACCAUGAGGGAGUUGGCAAAAAUGAAACAGGAGCCAGUAAGAGGGGAGGAUGGCCGAAGUAUGAAGGAUAGAAUAGGUGCAUAUGCUUAUUUAGAAUGUUCUGCAAAGACAAAGGAGGGAGUGAGAGAAGUUUUUGAAACGGCCACCAAGGCUGCUCUGCAAAUGAAGAAAAAGAAGAAGCGUGGUUGCAAGAUUCUAUAGACAAUCUGUCUAAUGCGUUCAUCAUAUAAUAUAAUAAUGCAUAAGAAAAUGCAUGCUGCAUCUCUGCACUUUCAUAACGUGCCCAAGCCUUUCAAAUCUACUGUGUAUGUUACCUGUUGUUUUGGAUCUAGUAGCUAGUCACCAUGUCUCAGAAUAUGCAUGUCUAUUUUAUAUGAAAGGAAAACAAGCCACAUGUAAAUUUGAGGAUCAUUUACUAUUUAGAUGAUUGACACAAGCAUCAUGAAUAGGCAUAUUUUAAUGAUAUAAAGUAAUGUGUGUUAAAACUUCUUUUUAAUGCCACUCUUUGAAUAUUCCAUUGAAAACCAAUUACCAUGACCAGGGAUAUGUAAACACUGUUGAUAGCCUCCUUUCAAGUGGAUUAUUGUAGACUUUGGCUCAUGUCUAGCUAUCAGAACCACUCAUUAGCACAUAAAUCAUUCCAGAAUGCUUCUGGAGACAUGACACUGGACCGGUUGGCUGUACAAAGAUUGGAAGAGUGCUUAUGAUACAUGUAAAGCAAAAAAGAGCUGGAAGUAAGAAAAGUCAAACAUUUACAUUUGAGCCAACUCUUUAUAGAGGCUAGUGUUGCAAUCAGUGCUUAUGAUUGUUUCCCAAGUUGUGUUAGGUUUCAAAAUUAGCUAAUUUUAUGAUCAUAAAUUUCUCCUCAAAACAGAUUUUGAAACUAAUGCAUCUUAAUUCAGAAAAAUCAGACAUCUCUUUUUGGGAUGUGUUGAUUUGUAUAUCAUCCAAAGCCAUUAAUUUCAAAAUUUGGAAGGUAACUAUAAAUUUUCGUUUUUGCUCAAAUCUGAACGAAAGAAAAACUCGAAGAACUGUAGUAGUUGUUCUAUAAAGAGUUUGCACUGUCAUAUACAUGCAGGACUGAUGAAUUAUCUUUGACUUGGAGGGCUAUCCCUGUCUUUAAAAUGACCAAACUAAUCAUCAACGCCAGCAUUAAUGAGGGAUAAGUGGCGAUGCUACAAAUGUAUUUCUGAAAGUAUGCAGGAUAUUGACCCCUGGUCUUAGGCAAGCCAUUUUUGGUAAGCCUUUGCUCAAUGUUGGGGGUGGCAUGAUCAUUAUGAAAAUGGGCAAAAUGUUGUAGAGAUCAGUCUCUGGUAUCACCCUCAUCAUGGGCCCAGGACUCGUAAGGCUUGAGAAGGCUAAAGCUAGCUAUUGAUAAUCUUUUUGGUGAAGUUUAUAACACUGUAAAUUGUUUUGUAUCUGCAGACUUGAGCCUUGACUGUAUUACAAUUAUAUACUCUACAGUUGUAGUUCUGUGUAUUGAUGGUCAGCAACAAUUAUGUUAUUAAUUUAAAAGACAGUACUGUACAUGUAGGUGGGCAAAUGCUUGAUCAUAAUAAGGAUGGGAUGUGGCUUUUCAUCAAAUUCUGUUGUACACUUUAUACUAAUCAUGGCAGGUUGAAAUGGCAUUUGCAGUAAUAAAAUCUGUUUGUUCCCCAGGACACUUGCAGUCUUCACCAUUCACAUCUUCAUGCAUGGUAAAAAUGUUAUUGUUGACACUGUUGAAAUUCAGUGAAUGGGUACUGGCCGUUCCCUCGUUUUGCUUUGCCAAGGUAUUAAACACCACAGAGUUGCUGGAGUCAUUUUACAGAGUUGCCGUCUCGACCUUACAUGUAUAAAGAAAAUGCACAAUGCAAAAAGUUGGUGUCUGUGCUUGUGAUAAUCUUCAAACAUCUCUGUUGUUUACUUUGGCAGGCAAAUCAUGCAUGUACCAAACCUUUUAGAACUGGAGACCAAUUUCAAAAGAAGAGCGUCACUAAGAAGAGGACCUCCCACUCCUACACUCACUCCUUGAACGCUACAUUUCCAUGUCAACUGCCACUGCAUCCACCCGGCAUGAGGUUCCUGAUGAGCCGUCUGUGUCGGCCACUCUCUUUUGACCCCAGUGAUACAGCAUCCUCUAGUGUGUUCUCCGGCAUUGUCCCCUUUGUCGUCUGCAACAUGAGGACCUUAGAGUAGACAGUCUCAGCAUGCACAUUUCGUGAUUGUGACACAGAACACUGCAUCCCAAAAUAUUGCCAACAAUUUGAGGCCUCUGGUUCUGAAGGGUUAAUAAUAUUAAGAACACAGUUUAUCAAUAACAGCAUCCUCAACCUAUUUAUUUAGUUUUGAACAUUUUAUAUAAUAUUAUUUUUUCAUGUAAAUGUAUUAAAAUCAAUCAUAUUCCUCGGCUAACCAAUAUUUUUUGUAUGACUACUGUAUGCAUGUACGAGUAGCGGCAUCAUCAUUUGUAGAAAAGGCGAUGUCAUGUUAUUUUGAAAUUAAAAUGGUGAGUGGUUUACAUACACGUAACGCUUGUAUUAACUCUGUGUUGACUGUGAAAAUUUGAUCCCUAUUUUAUUUUCAUAGUAUUUCAGAUUUAUGUACAAGUGCUAGUACAAUGGAGAAGUGAUAAUAUAUAAUAGUACUGGAUUGAAGUAAUGAUGAAUUCCAAAAUAUUGAAUAUUCCUGUUGGUAAAACCAUUUGUGUUGAUAUCGGAAAUAAUCUUGGAUUGUGUCGUAGCUCAUUUUCUGACUACUGGUGAAAAUAAGUGUUGCAAUUUUUGUAAUGAGCGUAAAAAGCUAAAUUGAUGUCUAUGUAUACAAAUGUAUGUUUGUGACUUAGUUAUAGUGCCUUUUAUUGAUGUUGCAUGCUAUGUAUCCCAACUUGUAUUGGUUGUUUGAAACCAGUCGCUAAUAGUUUGUAUGAGUUAAUAAUUACCUUUUGAAGACUCCGAGCAACAUUCUUCAUUGGAAAAAUUUGCAAAUAUUAAGAACUUGUUGAAAUUUUUCCUCUAAGAUGAGUAUGUAAUAAUACUAUUUGCUGCUUGUAAUUGAACUUGCAUCACAAAGUGCAAAAAAAUGAGUGAUUUUAUAAAUUCCUGAGUCUUCAGUUGGUUGAGGAAUGUCAGUGGGUGCAUUCAUAAAAAACUUCCAAAAAUAUUAAAAACAAAAUUAAGCUUCUGGAUCAAAUCUCCAAUAACUUUCAGCAUGCUUUGCUUUCGGAGUCUUGGAUGAGAAAGUUGGUAGUUUAUUAUUUUAUACCAGUUUCAUUGGCUUAUGCAUGUUUUCCCUUCGUGAUAUACACUCCAUCGACUUCCUCAAUUAACUCAUUUAGAAAUACAGUUACAAUUGGGGAGUAUUCUUUCAUAACCAGUCUGUUCUCCUCCAAUGGUCGGUAGUCGUUAUUAUGGGUCAGCAUUGAGCAGUUCGAUUGUUCUCAACGUACACUUCCUUCUCAACUUCAGACUUUUAAUUUGAUAUAUUCUGAGUUGAGAUUCUGUGACAAGUAUGAGUUGUUGGUCCAUGUAAGAUGUUAGUGCUGCCACUGAUCUGCCCCAUUCCAACAGACAAUCUGACUAACCUUGAGACUCCAACCCAAGUACAAGUAUGUCUUUACAAUCACAAACUGCAGAGGAUCUCACUCUGUUAGACUUGUACAUUUUGAUUUGCUCUUCCCUUGCAUCUUCAUACAAAUGAUUAUGUAGUGGAAAUUAAACUAGCUUUCUUAAUAAUAAAAACCCAUUUUACAAGCAA